CCCUCAAUCCUACAUUCAAACCCUAAUCUUGAUGGUGUUUCUCAAUUGCAGAUGGUGGGAAUCGUAUUCUAAAUAAUCAGUCCAGCUUUCUGAAAGCUGAGUGGACUCAAUGGAAGACUCCCAGUCUGAUUCGAAAAUUUUCAGCGUUCGGAUAGUAUCAAUAGAUUACUACAUGUCUCCUCCAAUUCCAGACCUUGAUCUAUGUUACAGUAGCUUUCAAGGUGGGAAGGUGAAUGAAGUUCCUGUGAUCAGAGUAUAUGGGUCGACUCCAGCUGGCCAGAAGACCUGUUUGCAUAUUCAUCAAGCUUUACCCUAUCUAUACGUUCCUUGCUCGGAUAUAGUUCAUCAACCAGACCAGGAAGGUGAUGCUUGUGUGCGAAUGAUAUCUCUUGCUCUUGAGAAGGCACUGAAGCUUAAAGGUAGUGCUGGUUCAAAACGGCAGCAUGUGCAUAGCUGCAGUCUUGUCCGUGCAAGAAGGUUUUAUGGUUAUGAUGCAUCUGAGCAACUCUAUGCAAAGCUUUACUUAUAUCAUCCACAGGAUGUCUCUCGGGCAGCAAAGCUUCUUUUGGGUGGUUCAGUUCUUGAGAAGAGUUUGCAGCCUCAUGAGUCACAUAUUCCAUUUCUUCUCCAGUUUCUGGUUGAUUAUAACUUGCAUGGAAUGGGACAUUUGCAUGUAUCAAAGAUGAAAUUCCGCCUUCCUGUACCACAUGUUUUCACUCGGAGGAAGGCAAAUUACUAUGUAGAAGAUGAGCAACCAAUGGAUCAGUCCUCGAUAGCUACUAACUCUCAGGCAGAUUCAAAUGGCGAUGUUUUUCUAGAAUCAACAAUCUGGUUGUCAUCCACUAUUCCUGACACUUGGACUUGGCAUUCCCCUAGUCAAAAUCUAGAGGAUAACCUUGUUAAACGUCAAAGCGUAUGUGAACUUGAGGGAGAUGCUGCUAUUGAUGAUAUCCUUAACCAGCAAUAUAAAUUGUACUCAUCACUGUCACAGACACUUUCGGAUGUCAGAAUGGUUCAGUCACUCAUACCAAUUUGGGAGGAAUUUGAGAACACUGGAAUGCAUAUGGAACCCAUAUCAUCUGAUCCCGGAAGACCUAGCCCACAUAAUGUUUUGAGUGCUUUGUCAAAUAAAGUUGAAUUUGAAAACAAUCUAUUGGAAUUGUGUGCUGCAGAAAGUUCCUUACCUUGUACUCCAACUGAGACCGAGAAAAUGUUUUUGCAAUCUGUAAGAUCUUUAAGUGAAGGAAGAGAUAUGGUUGAAAGUGGACAGGUCAACAUUGAAAAUGACAGCAGCAAACAUUUGCAGUCAUCAAACAAGAGACUAUUGUUAUCACAAGAUUCACAACACCGCUACACUGCAAAACCGGAUGAUAUGAAAAGUGGUAGUCCAGUUCUGUUAUCAAGUGGUGAACUGCAAUCAUCAGAAGCCAUUUUUUCAUAUGACUUAAAGGUUGCAGAUCCCGAGGCUUUGAGGCUUCUAAAUUGGCUAGCAUCUUCUCAAGCUGCAGAGGAUAUAAACUCUGAUGAUGAACUUAUAAGAGAGACCAUUUUAAGUCCAUUAAUGCCUGCAACAACGAUUAAUAAGGUGCUGGAAAAAGCUGAUAUGGAAUUUGUAAGUGCAUCCCAACAAGAGUGUCAAGACAUUCUUGAUUGUGUUGAAGAUUCAACUGAUGUAGAGUGUAAAAAUAAGAGUAAAAGCUCUCCUUCCACUUUUGAUGGUAACUCUUCUCCUCAAUCAUUAUCAAGGAAAGAAAUUCCUCAAGUGGAUGGAUCUGGUGACGGUAAAAAACUGGUACAUUAUACUGGUAAAACAUCUAACAUGGAGAAGUCCCUGAAAGAGAGAGUACAACUUGAUUCUGGUUCAAGUUUCAGCAGGAAGCACAAAAGAAACCGUCCCUUAUGGAGCUCUUUGCCUUUUUGUUUGUCCGAGAACAUGAAUGAUGUUCAACCAACUAAUGUCAAAGUUGGUAAAUGUGAUGGUGAAAUAAAAAUUGGUACGGAAACUUGUGCGGCAGCAACCAAUGCUGGCAGGUGUUCUGAUGAUGCAGAAAAAUGUUUAUCAAAGUUAGGAAGUACAAUUGUUGGAUGCUCACUUCGUGAUCUGAUGAGGAGAAAGCGUUCUCAUCGGGGUGAGAGGCCAACAGUUGAGAUUUGUCAUGAUGCAGAGGUUACUCCAGAGGAGGAAUCAAAUGACUACACCAUUUCCUCUACUAAACGAAGGAAUGAUGAGCAAGAAACAUGUCCUCCAACCGUUGGUGAUUCAGAAGCUAUUUAUGUGAAGGAUAUGAAUGUGGAAGCUUCUGCUGUGCAGGCAUCUGGAGUCACAGGGACAUCGGCAGAGGAUCUAGAGAUUUCAACCAGGACGACUCUCAUGCAAUCAGACGAGGGUGAUGGAGUUCAUAGUAGGCAUACUGUUGAGGACAAAGACAUUGAUGAGUGGCCCCAUUUCGUUGAUGGGACUUAUCAAGAAGUUAAACACACCAAGUCUAAAAUAGAUGACCCGACACCUCGCCAAGAUCAAGCCAUGGGAGUUCCUACUCACUAUUGUAACGAUGGUUCCCAUCUCUACAUGUUGACACCUGCAAUGUUACCUCCAUCAGCAGAUGAUGUUAAAAGAUGGUUGCUUCAUGAUGAUGUCUUGAGAGAGAAUGUAAAUGCAUCAACAGAAGAAUCUUCAUCACCAAAGGGUUCCCUUGGUCAUGCCAUGGAUUCACUAGAUUUUUCUGCUGACAUGAAGAAUGGGCCUCUGUUGGACUCAGGAUCAACGUUUAGUAUUGAAACUAAUUUGGAUCAUUCGAAAAAGCUAGGUCAGGGAAGCCAUGUUUUGAAACCACAGACAUGUACUCCUAGGGUGCCGGCAGUUUUGCGAACUGAAGAAAAUACUUUGCAAUCGCAGCAGCACAAUAUUUGCUUACAAGAUGUCUCUCAGAUAUCUGGUCCUGAAGGAAAAUCAAAAUUGACUCCUCUGAGUCAAGCAGGCUUUAGGGAUCCUGCAAGUAUUGGUGCAGGACAGCAGCUGACUAUGUUUAGCAUAGAGGUCCAAGCCGAAUCUAGGGGAGAUCUAAGACCUGAUCCCCGAUUCGAUGCUGUCAGUUUCAUAGCAGUUGCCAUCCAGGAAGAUGAUGAGUCAAUAAUCAAUAGUUAUGUCCUCUUGCGCAGUGAGACGGCAGCUGUUAGAAGAAAUCUGGAUGGUAUAACAGGUUGCAAGCUGUUAGUUUGCACCCAAGAGAAGCAGUUGUUCAAUGACUUCGUGGAAGUCAUAAGCAAUCAUGAUCCAGAUAUACUAAUAGGUUGGGAUAUUCAAGGUGGUUCACUUGGUUUCUUAGCUGAAAGGGCUGCAUAUCUUGGAAUUGGAUUGCUUAGUAAAAUAUCUCGCACACCAUCUCAAACUAUUUUGAAUGCCGGAGUUUCAGAUAUUCCAGAUAAAGGAAUGGUGGGUGAUGUGCUCCCUGAAGCAUUUCCUGACAUUGAUCCGCUGAAUGAUGCAAUCAUUGAGGAUGAGUGGGGCCGAACUCAUGCAAGUGGUGUCCAUGUUGGUGGUAGGAUUGUCCUCAAUCUUUGGCGGUUGGCCCGCGGUGAGGUUAAGCUUAAUAUGUACACAGCUGAAGCAGUGGUGGAAGCAGUUCUUAGACGAAAAAUUCCAUUUAUUCAUUGCAGAACAUUGACAAAGUGGUUUGCUAGUGGUCCUGGAAAAGCAAGAUAUCGAUGUAUAGAAUAUGUUCUAGAGAGGGCAAAGUUAAACUUUCAAGUGAUGAACCAACUUGAUAUGAUAAACAGGACAUCGGAGCUUGCCCGUGUAUUUGGUAUUGAUUUCUUUUCUGUUCUUUCCAGAGGUUCCCAGUACCGCGUGGAAUCUAUGUUAGUGAGAUUGGCACACACACAAAAUUAUCUUGCAAUUUCUCCUGGAAGCCAACAGGUUGCAUGUCAACCCGCAAUGGAAUGCAUGCCACUUGUUAUGGAGCCAGAAUCGGGCUUCUAUGCAGAUCCAGUUGUUGUUUUAGAUUUUCAGUCCCUCUAUCCAUCAAUGGUCAUUGCUUACAAUCUCUGUUUCUGUACAUGCCUCGGAAAAGUUACCCCUUCGAAGCCAAAUACGCUUGGCGUUAGUUCAUAUACACCAGAACCAGAUGUUCUGCAGGGAUUGAAGCAUGAAGUUCUACUUACUCCAAAUGGUGUGAUGUAUGUGCCUUCAAAGGUCCGUAAAGGCAUACUACCUCGGUUACUUGAUGAGAUAUUGUCGACCCGAAUUAUGGUUAAACAGGCAAUGAAGAAGUUGUCUCCUUCGCAAAAAGUACUUCAUCGGAUUUAUAAUGCAAGACAGCUUGCAUUGAAGCUAAUAGCAAACGUCACAUAUGGCUAUACAGCUGCUGGUUUUAGUGGUCGCAUGCCUUGUGCUGAGCUUGCAGACAGUAUUGUUCAGUGUGGCCGUAGAACACUAGAAACUGCUAUUUUACUUGUGAACACACAUGAUAAGUGGAAGGCUAAAGUUAUAUACGGUGAUACUGAUAGCAUGUUUGUACUCCUCCCAGGACGUUCUGUAAGUGAAGCUUUCCAAGUUGGAAAUGAGAUUGCAUCGGCAGUAACCAAGAUGAACCCUACUCCAGUUGUACUGAAAAUGGAGAAGGUCUACCAUUCCUGCUUCCUUCUUACUAAGAAGAGAUACGUCGGUUACAGCUAUGAGAAGCCUGAUCAAGUCAAACCUGUCUUUGAUGCUAAAGGUAUUGAGACUGUACGCAGAGAUACAUGUGGAGCUGUAUCCAAGACAUUGGAGCACUCAUUGAGAAAUUAUUUUGAAAAUCAGGAUAUCAGUAAGGUCAAAUCAUACUUGCUACGCCAAUGGUCACGCAUUUUAUCAGGCAGAGUUUCUGUUCAAGAUUUCAUUUUUGCAAAGGAAGUUCGGUUAGGUACUUACAGUUCACGUGUUACUUCCCUCCCUCCAGCUGCAAUAGUUGCCACAAAAGCUAUAAGAGCUGAUCCACGGGCGGAACCACGGUAUGCAGAGCGAAUACCUUACGUGGUGGUUCACGGUGAACCUGGUGCACGACUAGUUGAUAUGGUUGUUGAUCCUUUGGAUCUGUUGGCGGUUGAUUCACCUUAUAGAUUAAAUGACUUAUAUUAUAUCAAUAAACAAAUAAUUCCAGCAUUACAGAGGGUCUUUGGACUUCUUGGAGUCGACUUAAACCAAUGGUUUCUGGACAUGCCACGCCCGCUUAGAGAAUCUAUUGCGAAAAACCAAUCUCAUGGUCCAAAUUCUCAUCGAACCAGAAUCGAUUAUUAUUACCUCUCUAAACACUGCAUCAUGUGUGGGGAGUUGGUCCAGGCAUCUGGAGCAGCAGCUUUAUGUGGUGAAUGUUCAAGAAAUGAAGCUGCUGUUGCAGUAGCUGUAACUGGAAGGACCUCCAAGAUGGAAAGAAAGAUUCAACACCUUGCUGCUAUUUGUCGACACUGUGGAGGCGGGGAUUGGGUUAUAGAAAGUGGCGUAAAAUGCACAUCGCUUGCGUGUUCUGUCUUCUACGAAAGGCAAAAAGCACAGAAAGGGUUGAAAUCUCUUUCCACCAUUGCCACAGAAUCAGGUUUCUAUCCCAAGUGUUCAGCAGAGUGGUUCUAGAUUGUAUCAUGAGUAUUAUUGUCUAUAGUGGUACAUGUAUUCAUCUUUUUUAAUCGUCGUGAGUAUCGAGGCUGGCUUACGCGAACUGAUUGAUUUCGUGGGCGACCACAAAUGGCUUGGAGUCAUCGCACAUGAACCUCCAUAGCCAUAAGGGCUUUGGCAACACCUAGAUUCAAACAUGGGGAAGGUGAGAUGUCAACUGCAUCCUCCUGGUAUGCCACAUAUAUAAUUGUUUUCUAUUCUUGUAAAAUAUCAAAUAUUCGAAUUUUCUAGAAAAAGAUGUAUUUGUGUAUACACAAUUAAGAAGCUAUGCAAAAGUUAACUAGA